AGAGAGUGGCCACGAGUGCUAGAUAAACUUCCUCAAACACGGGCAGCACCACGAAAUCAUCAAUCUCAGGAAGCUUCCUCACUGCAUCUUUGAGAUGACCUUCAAAAAUGGCUGAGUUCCGUGUUAUGGGUUGGAAUACGAGGAUCAUUUUGUAUAUUGAGAAGCACCAAAAGACUACUUUUUAUUCCACGGCCCUUGGAACAUCGCAUGCAACAAAUCUGCCGCCGUCUAACCUCUGCUGAAAAGGCCAGUGCAUCCCAACUUCAUCCAUAACAAAGACGAAGAGAACAACUGGAAUGCAUCCGUGGAUUUGGGUGGAAGGGAAUGACUGAAUAAGAGCAAUGUAGCAAGGAGAACCAUCAGAAAAGCAUAUAGAAUGUUCCAAAGACAAGCUGAAUAAUAUGGAUGACUGGACAAAAGAUGAUGUCUGUGAGUGGCUUAUCAAGAAGAAAGUCCCUGAGCAGUAUGCUAAGAUUCUUUACAAUCAGGAUGUUUAUGGAGCCUCUCUAAUUCAUUUUGACAAACAAGACCUCCUAGAAAGUGGUUUACCACGUGGACCUGCAGUUCACAUCUAUAAAAUAGUGGCUGAGUUCAAAACAUCCUCAGAAAACUUAAAGGACAGUGCCAUACCCAAGGACACAGAUGCAUCAACAGGGACCUCUGCAGUACAGGAUUUCCAUCAAGAAAAAGAAGCAGCUGAAACUACUACCACUGGAUCUGCUGAACUUGAGACACCAGCACAAAUCAGUAUUGAAGAAAACAGGGAUAGUUUACCAAGGGUGAAGACAUGGUCAUCCUCCUCAGAAGACAAACCCAAAUAUACAAGCAGUGAAGGGAAGCCUUUUGAAGAUGAGAAUGUUCCACCAUUGGAGGGAUGGGAUGAUGGCAUGUACACCAAAGAAGACGAGGCAAGUGGUGCACAAUCACUAGCUUUACCUUUGACACAAUCCAUAAAACAAACAAAUAAUGUGGGCAGUGAGACCAAAGCACACCUGAUUGACUCAGAGAACCCAGAGGACAUGCCAGUGAACUCUGUAUUUCAAUACUGUGUGCCUCGUCCUUUUGAUGAAAACAGUGAAACAUUUGAAUACAUACAAAAUGACAUACUUCCACCUGAGACUGGUCCGAUCAAUCUUAUUGACCCUUGCCAUGAGUACAAAGCCUUGACAAACACAGAGAAUGCUUUAGAAGAGGACGUCUUCAAAAAAUUCAGAGAUGAGACAUUCUGGUUUGCUGCAGCAUGCAUGAAUUCUCGAACAAAUGGAACUAUUCAUUUUGGUGUUGGAGAUGAGCCACUGUACAAACAUGGACAAAUUAUUGGACUAGAGGUGCCAUCUCGCAAAAAAUAUGUAGACGAAUUUGAUAAUGGUCUGAAGGAGCACUUCAGGGGAAAAAGUAAUAUUGUGAUGACGUGCAUUAGGCCUCCCAAGUUUGUUAAGGUAAAAUGUCCAGAUAACAAGGACAAGUGGGUUAUUGAGAUUGAUAUCGUCCCAAAGUAUAAAUUAACUCAGAAGAAACAAUUUUACACUACAUUAGACAAAAAGAAAAGAAAGUCAAAAUGCCUUUUUAUUCGCUCUGGCGCAAACACCGUGAAUUAUUUUCCAGAAAAUAAUCGUAAGAUUUGUAAGCAAAACUUGAAGAAUUUACAAGAAAAUAUAGAAUUAUGGGCUUCAGCUAGACAGUUAGCUGAAGAGCACAUAGCUCAGAGGCCAGGGUCAGUGGUGUCUUGAGCCCCUGCCCCGUUAACGGUAGGGAUGGGCGAUAUCUUAUUGUUUGCGAUAUACUGGAAAAUAAAAUAAAAAUCUUCCCCAGGAUAAGAAUUAGUCUUCCCGCGAUGAAGUCUAUAGUAGCACGUGCGAUACAGUUUUGCAUGUAUAUGAGCCUGUUUACAAACCUGUUGUCCAACAAAGAUAUCAUUUAUCUCUUAUCUAUUUCUAGCUUUUUCUCUAAAUUAACUUAAUAACACAGUCGAGUGUUUGAACCUUUGAUCAGACGUGGCUUCAUAUCACUGAAUGAGGCAGUAAUUUUAUAGUAUUAUACAAGCUAAGUUGAAUAGCAUUUCAUUAUAAAUAUACUUUAUCCUUAUAAAAAUACCCAAGAUUGCUUGAAGAACACAGACAAACCAUAUAUUGUAGCAAAUGUGUGUUUAUUGUCAAGUUUCCACAGUUAAAAUGUCUCUGCGUUCUAUUCAGCUACAGCGAUACCUUGAUUAGAUAUCUUAUGGAGCGUCAACAGUACUAUAAUUUCGUCGUCAGAAAAUUCAUUUCGUUGUACGUGUGUACUCAGUUAUGCUCUAUUUUGGGUAAAAAUAGAAAAGAUAAUACUUUUCUCUAAAGAAACAGGAUUCCCUGAAUUAUCGUCAUUGAUAUUGUUAUCGCAAUAAUACCAGAAAUUAUCGUGAUAAAUUUUUAAGACCAUAUUGCCCAUCCCUAAUUAACAGCAGUGUUACAAUGCCCUCUUGGUCCUACUGAGGUGCCCCCACCCAUGAUUUCUUCUACUAUGAUUUCUUGAUAUUUUUUGCCAGUUAUUGAUUUUGUUAAUAUUUAAAAUCAGGGAAAAAAAUGUCAUGUGACACACACAGUGCACAGGGCAACUCAGGGAGCAAUUGGGGCUUUGGUGCUUUUCUCAAGGGUCUCACCUUAGUCGUGGUAUUCAAGGUGGAAGAGAGCGCUGGUCAGUCUCUCCCCCUACCUAUAAUCACUGCCAGUACAGAGACUCAACCCCUUCAGUUUACAAAUCGACACUCUUGCCACGACUGCCUAACACAACUGAGAUGAAGGAAUGCCUUCCCACAAGUAAAUAUCUAAUGACUAUGCACCAAAUUUAGGGGCGUUUAAUAAAAAUAACUGUGUGCAAGCAUUGUUUUACAUGUGUCAUUUCCUCAAAUGGAACCACUGCCAACAUGACUGCACAUCUGCCGCGGGAUCACCUAGCAAUAUCACUGUCUGAAAGCCGGAUAGCAGAGAAGCUAAUACAGUCUUCCAAAAAGUAUUAAUUGCCAAAGACUUGCAGCUAUUUUCAUUUACUGAGAUUACAAACUACCGUCUCGCACGUUUUUUUAUGCUCUGCUCUUAGAUGACCUGGCAAAAGCACAGAGCCUUGUUCUGGCUAUAUGGAUAGUUGGGCAUUGCAUGCAACAGAGAAUGAUCUCACUGUGACUGUUCACAACAUGCCAGAUUGGGAAAUAAAAAGUGCAGUACUCCAAACCUGUCUCCUUAUGUGGAAGUCAUAUAAGCGCUCAUUUGGCAGAAGAGUUGACAAAUGCUGUGAAAUGUGGAAGUUGGGGAGGUCAAACAUGUUACUCCAAGUAACCACAGAUAAUGCUGUAAAUAUUGUGAAUGCAAUCCAUGAGGCUGAUGGGCUAGGGCAUCUACCAGAGAUGGGUUGCUUGACUUUUUUCACAGAAGUACCACAGACCACCAUAUUUUGAUGUGAAGCAGACACAAGUUAUUCCAUGAUGUUCCAACCCGGUUGGAUGGCCUGCCAUUUUUUCUGCCUUAUACUGGACAAAGAUCUGAAGGUGUCUGUCAAGAACAUAGCAAUGUUGAAUGACUGUGAACAAAAACUGGCAGAAGAACUUACUCAGGUCCUCAAACCACUGAAAACACUGACAGCUCUCAUGAUCGGUGAAGCAUUAUAUCGAUGAUCCUCCUCAGAAAAAGAUGACUGACCCUGACCCUGAUCUUCAUGAUUACCUCCAGCCAACAACAUUAGGAUAUUAAGUAAAGAUCAUGUUCCAUGAAGAUAUUUUGUACAUUUCCUACUGUAAAUAUAUAAAAACAUAAUUUUUAAUUAGUAGAAAACUAACUAAAGAAAACUUUAUUUGGACAACUAUAAAGGCGAUUUUCUCAAUAUUUACAUUUUUUUUUUUUUGAACCCUCAGAUUCCAGAUUUUCAAACAGUUGUAUCUCGGCCAAAUAUUGUCCUAUUCUAAGAAACCAUAUACAAUCAAUGAAAAGGCUUAUUUAUUCAGCUUUCAGUGGAUGCAUAAAUCUCAAUUUCAAAAAAUUGACCCUUAUGACUGGUUUUGUGGUCCAGGGUCACAUAUCCCUGUUGAAAAAAAAAAAACAGCAUAAGCUGGUUAGGUAUGUUUUGAAGCAUGGCUGCUGGUUUGAGCUGGAUUAAGCUGGUCCUUAGCUGGUCCUGUGCAACAAGCUCCUGCUUAAGACCAGUUUAGGACCAGCACAUGACCAGCUUAAACCAGCUAAAACCAGUAGCCAUGCUCCAAACCAGUAUAUGCUGUUUUUUUUUUCAACAUGGAUGUAAUUUUUAAAUGUUAUACUGGAGAUGGCUAUGGUUCUAAACUGUGCAUGCAGGUGUUUGCAGCAAUUAUACUCAGUGAUCUUUCCCUUUGAUACACAGCACAGAAUCCUGUGCCCUCCACAGAUGAAGAAAAUCCAUCUUCUUUCCCUCCCAAGCAGAAGACCACAGUGUCAUUGGUAUUUGGGGAGCUUUUCAGAACUGAGGAACAACAGACAGGGUCCUUUCACUGAGGAGGAAGUCAUCACAUACAAGUUUGCAGACUGUGUUUAUGUGGAUGCGGAUCCAUUCAUGUGCUAGGAAACAAAUGAUUGUAAGUUUUUCCAUGUGGCAAAAAUUGCACAAUGACACCUCUGUGUCCAAGGUACCUCUUGCGAGUGAAGUGUAAACCACUCUCAUCUUGCUGCUGAGAAUGCUGACGGGAUUCUUUUUCUUUUUUUUUUUUUUUUUUUUUUUUUGUAAAAAAAGACCCUCAAAGUACAGGAAUAGAUAGAUGACCUAAGUGAAAUUGCACGGUACAUUCUGAAUGAAGGCUGAAUCUAUUUAAAAAAAUGUAAAAUAAACAUGUAAAUUUCUCGAGAAAUUUACGUUUAUUUUAAUAAUUUUUAGAAUUCAUGAUACCAUUGAGUUGUAUAUGACAUACCAAGUAUUAAUUUUUCUGUAUUCAAUUGCAUUAAAAAUAGUAUUUAUUUUUCUUAUGCAAUUACUGUUUCUGUCCCCUAAGUAUAGAUGUGCCAAGCCAUCAGAAUGAUAACUUUAUAGUUGCAUCCCUAGUAUGAUUUCUCGUAAAGGUCUUUUUAUGUAUAGAAACACUUUGAUAGCAUAAUACCUCAUGCUGCUCAUCCUCAUGUGCUAUUCAAAUAGUUAGAGUAGGUUAACUAGAGACCAUAACUUGCCUUUUCACAUUUUUAUUCUUCAGAGGUCUUCCUCAGCCAGAGUGUUUUUUUUAAUGUUCUUUGAUUUGAUGCCUCUCCCCUUGAUUGUUCUGAACCUCAUUUUUCUUUUAUUGCUGUGUUGUUAAUAUGAAUAAAUAUAUUUAUUUUUGCACUGUA